GCACUUGUGCCUCAAUUGCCCGCGCUUCUCCCCCCCCUUGAUCCUUUAAACAUCCAAGCCAUCCCCGCCCCCUCAUACUAAAUGCCUCCCUUCUUUUCUUACACCAACCUCCCCUAUCAACUCAAAGAGAGCUCCUACCCCAUGCGAAAUUUUCCCGAGUACCUGGUGGAGUUGGACAACGUGGAACUGUUGCCGCAAGCUGAGGAGGACGCGUGGGAAUUGCACCGCGCGCUAUAUCGAUCGGUGGUGCUGGGCAUGUUCAGGUGUGCCGUAUCGUACGACGAUCACAACAUCGCCGAGAACCUGCAGGUGUACUACGUCAUCUCGCGGCCUAAGCCGGAGAAGAAGGAGGGCACAGUGGCAUUAUACCCGUUCGAGGAGAUUGGGACGAGCAGGCCGGGACUGCUGGAGCUCAUUCACAUUGAGUUGCUGUCUAUCACGCAAGUGAUUGCCAACGAAGAAGAGGAUCUCCAACUCCGCCUACGAACAACAUCGGCUCUGCGACAAUCUUACCACACGGCGGUGAUACCGGACUAUAUUGCACGGGAGGGGGAAAAGGUGGUGAGCAUUGCCGAUCGAAAGUCGCUGCGGCCUCCCUCAUCCUACCCCAAGCCAGUAGCCCCGAGGGCCCUCAGGAAGACGCCCAAGAAGAGACGUCGCCAGCCAUCGCCAGAAGCACAAGGAAGCCGGGUGGGACCCGGAGAAGAGGUGAACAAGGUCGGGCGGGUGCGAAAGCCAGAUCCCGUUCCAGAGAGCAAGGCGGCGCCGAUCAAGGGACCUCCACCGGGGGAAGGAGUGGAAACGAGCAGAUUUCGGAUACGCGGGAACCCUCAGGAGCCGACACCUCAGCCGCCGCUCCUUCCCGACCUUAGGCUCAAUCUUGAUGGAGCCGGCCCAUCCGCACCAGCAGGAGGAGGAGGAGUGGGAAGAGUACCAUAUCCCACACCCGGACCCCCCAUCCUUGCAGGACCUUUCCGCUUCUGCCAGCCAACCGGGAGUGCCCUGGUCAUUGACCUUAGCAGUUCCUCCGAGCCGGACGGUCCACCCGACGGAUGUUGCGUUCAUGGUGGAGCCUGCAACCAUCAGGAUAGAAGCAAUUGAAGGGGCCCCGUGUCCUGAUCCUGCAUGGGAGCCAUAUCUGGAGCUGCCAUUUGA